AUGAACUUCCAAGGCGCCAGCACGACCGCAAGCCGACACAAGCAGCUCGGCGACGACCUGUACAAGCGCUCGGACAAGGUCAACGCCGAGCUGUUCACGCUCACGUACGGCGCUCUCGUAGUCCAGCUCGUCAAGGACUACGAGGACUACGACGAGGUCAACAAGCAGCUCGACAAGAUGGGCUACAACAUCGGCGUGCGACUGAUCGAGGACUUUCUCGCGAGGACUGGGCUCGGGCGGUGUCGAGACUUUGCCGAGGUCGGCGAGGUCAUGUCCAAGGUCGCCUUCCGCUCCCUCCUCUCCAUCACGCCAACCCUGAUCCAGCACCCCGCCUCGCCGCCGUCCCAGCCCCAACCCGCGUUCAGCCUCGUGUUUGACGACAACCCGCUCACCGACUUUGUCGAGCUGCCAGACGAGGCGCUCGAGGGCGGGCUCGUCUACGCAAAGAUCCUCGAGGGCGUCAUCAGGGGCGCGAUGGAGAUGGUCCAGACGAGCGUCGAGGCCAAGAUCGUGUCAGACACGCUGCGAGGGGACGACAAGACCGAGCUGCGCGUCUCGUUGGUCCGGUACCUCGAGGAGGAGAUGCCCGCAGGCGACGACUAGCGCGACUCGUGCAAUACAGCCGCUCGGUACUCUGUUC